CGACCAUCCAUAGAGUUGAUACGUGGGUACACUCUAAGAAGAAAUAUCUCUCUGAUCUGUCGAUACGAUACUGUAUACUUGGGGUAAUAUAUACUUUAUAUCAAUAGCGGAUAACAUCAAAACUACAAUUAUCGCAAGUCAAAAUGAAAGGAGUUCUGGAUCUCAACUGCUGCGUACAGGGCUAUGCCUGGGGGAAAGUCGGAAGCUCGAGUAAGGUUGCACAAUUAGCGGGCGCUUAUGAUGGCAUCACAACCAACGAAACUGAUUCUUACGCUGAGCUCUGGAUGGGUACUCACCCGAAGGGCCCGGCAACCAUCAAAGGCACUGGUCAGAAGCUCAACGAGUGGCUGGCGGAAAACAAGUGGGCUCUGUCGUACUCGAUUGCGGAAAAGUAUGGCGAUCUGCCCUACCUGUUCAAAGUACUGUCAAUCCAGAAAGCUCUGUCCAUACAGGCUCACCCCAACAAAGAACUCGGAGCUAUACUCAGGAAAAAUAAUCCUGACAAUUAUCCCGACUCCAAUCACAAACCUGAAAUGUGCAUAGCGCUGACCGAAUUCGCAGGUCUGAUGGGUUUCCGGCCGUUGACUGAGAUUGUAGAUGUUUUGGCGAAUGUGCCCGAGCUCCGUGCUAUAGUUGGUGAAGAACAAUCCGCGAAGCUGAAAGAAGCUGUGGAUGCGGAUCCUGCGAAUGCCGUUGAGGCGGGAGUGUCUAAAAAUCUCACACAACAGCAAGAAGCCCUCAAAGCAUGUUACAUACAAUUAAUGGAGGCUUCGGAUAGUGCCGUAACCGACGCCUUGGCCAAGUUAAUCCCACGAUUAGAAGCCAAAACGUCACGUGAUAGAGUGGAGGACCUCAUUCUCACGGUCAACCAAGACUUCCCCAAUGACAUCGGACUGUUCUCGCUGUACUUCCUGAACUAUGUCCAACUGGGUCCGGGCGAGUCGAUGUUUAUGGCUGCGAACGAACCACACGCGUACCUCACCGGCGACUGCAUUGAGUGCAUGGCCUGUAGUGACAAUGUGGUGCGAGCUGGGCUGACCCCAAAGUUCAAGGACGUCAGUACACUGACGGAGAUGUUGACAUACACCUACGGCCCGGGACAGAGCAAGGUCUUGGCUGGCACCACAGUCAACGGUAACUAUCGCAUAUUCGAUCCACCAAUCGAGGAGUUCACACUGGCCAAGGUGGAUGUGAAUGCUGGGAGUUCGUAUGACCUGCCAGUGGUGGAUGGACCAAGUCUAAUACUAGUUACUACGGGGGCAGGCAGUACAGGAGACAUCAACAUCACACCAGGCACUACAUUAUUCUUAGCUGCGGGUAUGCCACUAACACUCUCUGCAACGGAGAAAAUGACAGCGUAUAGGGCCUACUGCACGCUUUAAGCAGAAGCAGGAGGUAAACAGCACCGCUACGUCAAAUCGCACUAUCUUACAUUGCUUGACCUUAACUUUAGAAGCAACAACACCUUUCCCGCUUUACAAUAAACGAGGUUACGAUGAUCAAUCCUCUCUAACGUG